AUGGAAACUGAUUCCAACAACGGUUCAAGGGGCCAGGACGGGCCCCGCUCGCGGAAACGAGCAGCAGCCUCUCAGGGCAAGUCGGAGUCAGCGGCCGAGAAAAAGCGUACGCAGAACAGGAUCUCUCAGCAAUGUGCGAGAGAGAAGCAGUCUGCAUACAUCCGCCAGAUGGAAUCUUUGGUCGCAGCGUUGAAGACUCCAAAUGAAGAUGCUACGGAACAAACGAAGUACGAUGAACUGGUCAAGGCCCACCUCAAGCUCGCGGAGGAAAAGCAGCAAGUGGAAGACGCGUUAUUUCGCCUUCGUCAAAAGCUCCUGAGCGUUGGAAACCUUGCCACGGCAGCCGCUGAUGAUCCUAUAUUCGCAACGCUAAGCAAGUCAUCCUUGGAGUCAACUAGCGAGAAAGAAGCUCCUGUGUUAGAGAGGAGUGAAGAAGAGCGUUCGUCAACGAUCGUGGUUCCGCCAAGGGGGCUGGGUCCUGCCCCCGCGGCCGAUGUUGCCGAUCUUUCUGCGUCUAAUCUCGGGGCUCCGGAUGCGAGCUCGGGAGGAGCCGCUAUGGGGCUGCAGUCAGCUCCAGAACAUGCAGACACCAGCUACGUGUCCCAGUCAUUGCAUGAUACCCGCAGUAUCUUGCAAUCACCUUCCGCUUUCUUGCCGGCGGAUCUGACAAUGAUGCCAAGCCUGACCACUUCCAUGCCCAGCUGGGGCUCUCCUUGUGCCUCGCCGAACCUACGUUUCCCUUUCGGACUGUUUGAUUCAAAUGCGAUGCCAACCAUGAUGUCCCUACCUUCCGACAUGAUGUCCUUCCAGCACCCCCAGCCCUCGGGUGACGAGAUGACAGCUAUCAUCAACAACUCAAGCCUAUUCGCCGACCAAGUCAAACUGGCCGCAAACCAUGUCAUGUCCAAAUCAGUCAGCACAUCUCAGGAUCAGAUCGGCCAUCCCCUCGUCAUGGCCAACCAAGCACACUUGGUGAGCAAGCUUGCUUCAAUUGCUGUUGAAGUCAUAGGCGCUCUUGCAGGCCUGGAACCAUACAUCUACGGCGUUUACUUCUCCAAGUACAUGGAAUCCGUCAUGCGCUGGCGAAUCUCAAACUCCGUCGAAGACAGACUGCAAAUUCCCGUGCCUUUCCGACCCACGCCACUCCAAUCCGCCACGCCCUUCCACCCAGUGGUCAUCGACUUCAUCAACUGGCCAUCUAUCCGCGAUCAGAUGAUCCUGUACUCAUCCAAACUUGACCUUGACGCCAUGAGCAGGGACAUUGUCUUGAACACCGUCGUUGAGUUGCCUAGGAAGCGCGUAUCUGUCAACAUUCACGAUGUGUUUUUCAACCACAUCCUUCCUCGUGUCGGCGGUGGUCGGGCCGAUGGCAGCAAUUCUAUGUUGCAUAAUCGUGAAUGGAUAUACUUGAAAGUGCCCGUCAAUUCGGCCGGCGGCAUGACGUACACCGGCUUUGCCCUGGUCCAAGAAGCUCUCGCAGCUGAAAUGGACUGCAGGAUGGGACAAACCCAAUCUCCUAGAUCGACUAGAACGCAUCUCAGGCCAUCUGAUGAGGGUUUUGCCAGCAGAAGCGCCCCGUAUGGUCCAGAAAUGAUGGUCGCGGAUGCCUUAGCAGCCUUCGGAAUUGACCAGCCUUCCAACUGGAAGCUUAGCAAAGACUUUGCCAGAAAAUACCCACAUAUCGAUUGCUCGCUUGAGCAGAUGUUUCUCAGUAUGAGAUGGUUUCCUCCUCCUCAAUUUCAUUAG